AGCCAUACAAUAGUAGAAAGAAGAAGGCGACUUAUCCUCAUCCGCUGGUUAAUCAGACGUGUGCUUGCUAAAAAUGGCCGCGGAGCAGCAGAAUGAGGUGAAAAUACUGCAAAAGGAGGAAAAUAAAGAGAACAGCAUCGACGGGAGUCUUGGCCUGGAGAUCCUGCAGAUCAUUAAAGACUCUCAGCAGCAGCAUGGACUCAGACAUGGGGAUUACCAGCGCUACAGGGGUUAUUGCUCCAGACGAUUGCGUCGAUUGAGAAAAACCCUGGGCUUUAAAAUGGGCAACAGACACAAGUUUACUGGGAAGAAAGUGACUGUGGAGUUGCUUUCAGACAACAGGCAUCUGUUAUUAGUGUUAAUGGAAGCAGAAAGAGCAUGGAGUUAUGCCAUGCAGCUUAAACAGGAAGCUAACACUGAGCCUCGAAAGCGUUUCCACCUGUUGGCUCGCCUGCGAAAGUCAGCCACACAUGGGGAGCAGCUAGAGAAAUUGUGUGAGAGUCCCCGUGUGGAUGCCAAGACCAAACUGGAAGCUCAGGCAUACACUGCUUAUCUGAAUGGCAUGGUUCAGUUUGAACUGCAGGAAUGGAAAUCUGCAAUGGAGGCCUUUAACAAGUGCAAGACCAUCUAUGAGAAACUGGCAAGUGCUUUUACUGAGGAGCAAGCAGUGCUUUAUCAUCAGAGAGUGGAAGAGAUUUCACCCAACAUCCGAUACUGUGCAUAUAACAUAGGAGACCAGAAUGCUAUAAAUGACCUCAUGCAGAUGAGACUGAGUGCAGGAGGAGGGGGUGGCAUGAUGGCUGAAAAACUGGAGGCGCUGAUUACUCAGACAAGAGCAAAGCAGGCAGCUGUGAUGAGUGAGGUUGAGUGGAGAGGCCGUACAGUGCCUGUCAAAAUUGACAAGGCCAGAAUCUUCCUGCUGGGUCUGGCAGACAAUGAAGCUGCUAUUAUACAGGCAGAUAAUGAAGAAACAAAGGAGCGCCUCUAUGAGAGCCUGCUGGCGGAGUGUAGAGACACCAUCCAAGCUGUCAGAGAGGAGCUCAGGAACGAUGUGAAGCAGAGAGAGAGAGCAGCAGAAGGUGCUGAAAGUGGCAAGGUGUCUAAUCUGCAGUACCUGCACAGCUACCUGACAUAUAUCAAAUUGUGGACUGUGGUGAGGAGGAAUGAGAGCAUGGCUCAUGCUCUGCAAGCUAAACUAAAGGAGCCACAGACUGAUGAGAACAAGAGAGGCCCCCGACCACAGGACCUCAUACGACUCUAUGAUAUCAUCCUGCAGAGUCUUGCUGAGCUGUCAUCACUGCAGGGUCUAGAGGAGGACCACACCUUCCAGAAAGAAGUAGCACUCAAGACUCUGGUAUACAAAGCUUACAGGUGUUUCUAUAUAGCUCAGUCCUAUGUUCUGGUGAAGAAAUGGAGUGAAGCUCUGGUUCUGUAUGAAAGGGUUCUGAAAUAUACAAGAGAGAUCCAGUCCAAAGCCAAGAGCUUCAAUAACAGCCUUAAGGAUCUUCCUGAUGUCCAGGAGCUGAUUGCUGAGGUCAGUGCUGAAAAGUACUCCCUCCAAGCUGCAGCCAUCUUAGACACAGAGGAUGUUACUGAGGUGCCCCCACAGCAGCAGAUUAAAGACAACACGCCUCUAUAUGACCGUUUGGAUCAUUUCCGGCUAGAUCCCACCCUCUUGAGCAAGCAGCCCAAUCUGGUGCAGUUCCCUCCAGAUUUCCAGCCAAUUCCAUGCAAGCCUCUUUUCUUUGACCUAGCUCUCAACCAUGUGGCUUUUCCACCUCUUGAUGACAAGGUGGAGCAAAAGGGCAAGGGUGGCAUCACUGGCUAUUUCAGAGGCUUCUUUGGCUUUGGAAGCUAAAUUUGCCCUAUUUACCCUAUUUGUCUGUAUUUGAAGUCAUCUGAAUAUAAAUAUCUCCUCAAGACCAAGAGUUAUGGAUCCUAACACAGUCAAACCAUUUCCCCAAAAUAUGCUAUAAUUGGCAUUUAAGCGGUGUAAGUGCAGCCUGUUUGGAAGUUUUUUUUUUUUUUUUUUUUGGUUCUAUAAAACCUGCCAAGUAUAUUAAUCAGUGGUAAUGUUUAAUGCUUCUAUAUCCUCUGUCAUCCAGAGUUUGUUUAGUCCAUUUUUUUUUUUUAAGAUGCCUUUGUUUGCCUAAAUUUCAGUCUACCUAGCACAUUACAAAAUUGGGCUGAUUGUUUCACUGAAGAAGUCUAUACUUAACACCGCUGAGAAUCUAAAAUAUUUGUUCCAACUGUGGGCUUUAGUGAUCAGUCAUUAUGAUGAUAUGAAGAACUCAAUGUUUAUUGUAUUAGAUUGUUACGGUCACUUGAACAAUCAGCUGUGACAUAACACAGGAAAUACUCUCAUCGUUAUCCUGUCUGAUGUAUAGAUACCUUGAAGGACUAUAUGAUAUGUCAUCUGUAAUGUACCUUAAAAAUAUACACUGGCAUAAUUUUGUUUACAAAUCAUGACUUAUAUUUUAAACUAUCGUCUUAAUACAAAGCCAUAAAGAGGAAGCAAAAGAUUUGCUAGUGUUUUGUGAUUUUCAUAUUAUAAUUUGCAUCUUUUGUUUUAAAGAUUCCCUUGUUCUAACUAAUUGCUUUAAACUUGCAGAUAAGUUUUUGCUUUUUUUUUUAAUUCUAUUCCUUUUGUUAGUUUUGUGAGCAAAUGUUGGUGAGAAUUCAUUUAAUCUUCAAUAAACAGACAUUAAACCAUUAUGAUGAUCCUGUUAAAAUGGAUAGGAUGUUAUAAAUUAUGAAACUGAAUGAUUUUUAGUAUGAAGAAGAAAAUAUAACAUUUUUUUUAUCACUGCAUGUACCAUGGAUUUGAACUGGGUCCGAUAUUAAAGGUUUGUCUGCCUGUGUGUUUCUAUACAUGCAAAUCAGGCUAUGUUAAUUAAAUGGCUGUUUAUAUGCAACAUAA